CCAUCCCCUCGUGGUUAAACGGCAGCCUCCUCCGCAACGGGCCCGGGAAGUUCGAGUUCGGGAAUCAGAGCUUUAACCACUGGUUUGACGGGAUGGCCCUUCUUCACCGCUUUAAGAUCGACGGCGGGAAGGUGACCUACAGUAGCCGCUUCCUGCGCAGUGACAGCUACCGUGCCAACAGCGAGCACAACCGCAUCGUGGUGUCUGAGUUCGGGACUGUCGCCAUGCCCGACCCCUGCAAGAACUUCUUCCAGCGGUUCCUGUCCCGCUUUGAAAUUCCGCAGCCCACAGACAAUGCCAGCGUGAACUUUGUCAAGUACAAGGGGGAUUAUUAUGUCAGCACAGAGACCAAUUUCAUGCACAAGGUGGACCCUGAGAACCUUGAGUCAAAGGCAAAGGUGGACUGGAGCAAAUUCAUCGCUGUGAAUGGAGCUACAGCCCACCCGCACUAUGAUCCAGAUGGAACGGCGUACAACAUGGGCAACUCGUACACCGCUAAAGGUGCCUUUUACAACAUUAUCUGUGUGCCUCCGGAGAGAUCAGGGACAGAGGAGACCCUGGAAGGUGCCAAAGUGCUGUGUUCCAUCCCCUCAGUGGAAAGAGCCCGGCCCUCAUACUACCACAGCUUUGCGAUGUCGGAGAAUUACGUGGUCUUCAUAGAGCAGCCCAUCAAGAUGGACCUGCUGAAGAUCGUGACCAGCAAACUGCGGGGAACGGGGAUAAGUGAGGGGAUCUACUGGGACCCCAAGGUGGACACGAUCUUCCAUUUGAUUGACAAGCACACAGGCAAGCCUAGCUCAGUGAAGUACCACACCAAGGCCGUGUCCAACUUCCACCAAAUCAACGCCUUUGAGGAGGAGGGCUUCCUGAUGGUGGACUUGUGCUGCUCUGACGAUGGCAACAACAUCAACAACUACCUGAUUCAGAACCUGCGCAAGUGUGGAGAGGCUCUAGACAAGGUGUAUAACUCAAUGGGCAGAGCCUUCCCUCGCCGAUUCGUCCUGCCUCUCAGCGUGGACGAUGACACACCCAGCGGCGAAAAUCUCAACACCCGGUCCUCCAGCCCGGCCACCGCUGUCAAGACUGCCAAGGACAAGGUGUACUGCACCCAUGAAGAUCUCCAUUGUGAUGACCUUAAAGACUAUGGUGGAUUGGAGUUCCCCCAGAUCAACUACGUCAGAUGCAACACCCGCCCAUACCGCUACUUCUAUGGCUGUGGCUUUAAGCACCUGGUGGGGGACUCCCUCCUCAAGAUGGACCUCCAGGGUAAACAGCUCAAGGUGUGGCAUCACCCUGGGCUCUACCCCUCUGAGCCAGUCUUCGUCCCAUCCCCUGAUGCCAAGGAGGAGGAUGACGGGGUCAUUCUGUCUGUGGUCAUUACUCCCACACAGGAAAACAGUACCUUCCUUCUUGUACUGGAUGCCAAAACUUUUGAGGAGCUGGGCAGGGCUGACGUGCCAGUGAACAUCCCCUACGGCUUCCAUGGAGUGUUCAAUGGCAGCGCAUAG